AUGGUUGCUGACGCAGUUGUUUAUCAUCCUACAUUAACUAAGUUAAUAAAAUUUUUGGAUAGUACUCCCAAAAGGGAGAAAUGCUUUAGAUUGGUAGCUUACUUAUCUCGAUUCUUAUCUUACUAUUUGCAAAGACAAGGAUUCUCUACAGACAUUGUACAGUUAUUCAAAAACUUGAAAGUAGAUGUGACGUUCAUUAGAAAAGGAAUGAGGUUUUUGAAGCCAUUAAAUCACUUGGAGACCGCCGCUAAGACCUUUGACAACAAACUAAUGGAUCCUGUUUUACUGAGUACUACUGUCAUAAGGAAUUUAGCUUAUGCUGGAUAUCUUUCAUUGGACUCUAUUACGUGGUUUAAGAUGUUAGGUCUUAUUGACUCUAAGAAAUUCACCUCCGUACCUAAACUCUCUUCAAGGUUUUGGCUUAUUGGUUUAAUUGCGGGUGUUAUCAAUUCAUUGAGAACCUUAAAGAUCAGCUACAAACAAUUGGAAGAUGCUAACGAAAAGACUGACUUGACAGCCGUUGGCAAGAAGAUUUAUGCCGCAAAGAGAAAAUUAAUCUGGGACUUCUUAGAUAUGUUUAUUGCCUUGAACUCUUUAGAUAUUUUGCAUUUCACUGAGGGUGAUAUUGGCUUGGCUGGUACAAUCACGUCCAUAAUGGGAUUGAGAGAUUUAUGGAAAUCUACGUAA